AGGCCUGUCCAUGUGGGGGCACAAUGGAGUUCCAUCGAUCGACCAUGAUGUCGGUCAGGCUGGCGCUGGUGGUGGCUGCGUGGCUGUUCAUCAGGGUGGACGCGUCGCAAGAUGUUAUUAAGAACCUCUCUAUGAAUUUCGCUAAGCCCUUAGAAGACUGUAAGAAAGAGAUGGAUCUCCCCGACUCGGUGACGACAGACUUCUACAACUUCUGGAAGGAAGGCUACGAGUUCACGAACAGACAGACAGGCUGCGCCAUCCUCUGCCUCUCCUCCAAGCUGGAGCUACUGGACCAGGAGCUCAAGCUGCAUCACGGCAAGGCGCAGGAGUUCGCCAAGAAACAUGGCGCUGACGAUGCUAUGGCUAAGCAGCUGGUAGACCUGAUCCACGGCUGCGCGCAGUCCACUCCUGACGUGGCAGACGACCCCUGCAUGAAGACCCUCAACGUGGCCAAGUGCUUCAAGGCCAAGAUACACGAGCUCAACUGGGCGCCCAGCAUGGAGCUCGUCGUCGGAGAAGUCUUGGCCGAAGUCUAACUUGGCUGUGAUUUCUGUUACCUUACCUCGAUUUAUUUUUAUGUCUAUUAUUCUAUUUCUCUUACAAACCUAUAAAAGCAGGAAACAUAACUAUACUUAACUGUUCCUUUGUGUUGUAUUUUAUUUGUCGCUUGCGAAAAUUCUGUCUGCUUUCGACAUUAUGCCUACGCAUACUUCGUUGUGGCCUUUUAUAUAAUGCUGUAUAUAAUCUUUGUAGUAUCUGAUUUCUCUUAUAUUAUUUGUUAGUUGAUGAUCAAACAGCCUGGCAUGUUCAACGGACCGCGGAUAGAGUAAGUCGUGCAAGUGAAUCUCCCGCCUCGCCAGCGCGUCAAGGGAAGGGUAGUCUUAAGCUGCAAUACUUGAUGUGAUCUUAUUAAAGCAAAUCUACAUCA